GAAAGCCCCGCCCCCUAUGCUAAUAUGCUCCCUCUCCCAGAAGGCAGCGCGCCGGCUCGGACGCGGCCGGCUACCGAGCCCUUUGUGAGGGCUGUGAGCUGCGCCUGACGGUGGCACCAUGAGCAGCUCAGGUGGGGCGCCCGGGGCGUCCGCCAGCUCUGCGCCGCCCGCGCAGGAAGAGGGCAUGACGUGGUGGUACCGCUGGCUGUGUCGCCUGUCUGGGGUGCUGGGGGCAGUCUCUUGCGCGAUCUCUGGCCUCUUCAACUGCAUCACCAUCCACCCUCUGAACAUCGCGGCCGGCGUGUGGAUGAUCAUGAAUGCCUUCAUCUUGUUGCUGUGUGAGGCGCCCUUCUGCUGCCAGUUCAUCGAGUUUGCAAACACAGUGGCGGAGAAGGUGGACCGGCUGCGCUCCUGGCAGAAGGCUGUCUUCUACUGCGGGAUGGCGGUCGUUCCCAUCGUCAUCAGCCUGACCCUGACCACGCUGCUGGGCAACGCCAUCGCCUUUGCUACGGGGGUGCUGUACGGACUCUCUGCUCUGGGCAAAAAAGCCCAGACUGAGGCUGGUUCCUUCUCAGCCCAGCAUCCCAGGGAGCCUGGGCCACUCUCAGAGGGGACAAGACAGGCCUUUGCCACCCCAGCAGUUGUCUCUGGGGAAAUCAGAAUGCCUGCAGGGGCGAUGCGAUCUCCUAUGCCAGGAUCCAGCAGCAGAGGCAGCAGGCGGAUGAGGAGAAGCUCGCGGAGACCCUGGAGGGGGAGCUGUGAAGGGCUGGGCGCCCCUCCCUCCCUGUCCCCUCUUCUGGCUCUGUGUGGGUCCAAGUGAGGCCUGGACUGUCCACGCUGAGGCACAGCCUGGAGAGGGGCCUUUGCACGUGUCCCUACACCUGGAGUCCUCUGCUCCUUUCUCCAGACUGGCUUAAGCCAGGAGCCACUGGCUGCUGGUGUGAGGGUCUGGGCUGCUGGCCUUGAGGCAGAGCCUGCAGCAGCUGUGUGGACACCACCCGGCCCUGCUUCUCUGCUGGGUGGGUCUGCAGACCUCACACCACAGACAGGGCUGCCAGUGACCUGCCGUGACCUGGGAGCAGCUUCCCCUGGAGAUGCUGGUCCUGGCUUGAGGGGAGGGGCAAGUGGGACCCUGCCACCUGGGCACUGAGCAGAGGGACCUCCCCCAGCUCUCUUAGCAGGUGGAGCCCCAGGGCCUGGGACAGCCUGCCGCUGCCAGCAACCUCCCACUGCUGCCUAGGGUGCAGCGCCCACUGUCACCCUGCCUUCUGAAGAAGCCCAUAGGGCUCCUAAGGUGCACCCCGGUACCUGGAACUGCAGCCUUGGCAGUGACUGGACAGCUGGGUGGGGGAUGCUCCCUGCUGGCCCUGGGAACCUUGGACAGGCCACCUCAAGGCCCCUCGGCUGCCCCUCCUCCCUGGGCCUGCUGGGGUCCCUCGGUUCUGCCCAUCACCCCCCGCCCCUGCUGGCCUUGGUGCUAAGGAAGUGGGGAGAGCAGGCUCUCCCUGGCACCCCUGAGGGUGCCCACCCUCUCCCUGGUGUGGCCCCGUCAAUGUCAGCCACAGCCCAGCCCCAUUAGUGGGUUAGUGGGUCUGACCUCAGCCCCACUCAGGUGCUCCUGCUGGCCUGCCCAAGCCCUGCCCUCAGGGAGCUUCUGCCUUUUAAGAACUGGGCAGAGGCCACAGUCACCUUCCCACACAGAGCUGUCCCCACUGCCCUGGGUGCCAGGCUGUCCGGAGCCAGUCCUACCCAGGGAGGAUGCAGAGAGCUGGUGCCCAGGAUGUGCAUCCCCGUAUUCCCUCUGCCCCGUGGCCUCAGCCCGCUGGCCUCUCUGACCCCCGUGAGGCUGGCUCUCAGCCAUCGGGCAGGUGCCUGGUCAGGCCUGGCUUAGCCCAGGUGGGGCUUGGCAGAAGCGGGCGGGUGUGGAAGAUAUUCCAUCUGGGGCCAACCCCAGGCUGGGCCUGCGCUGAGCUUCUGGAGCGCAGGUACUGGGUCUUGCUAAGUGAAUGUUUCCCAGGAACACCUCUCGGGCCCAUCUGCGUCUGAGGCUGGGAGUGGCAUCUGAGGCCAGGAGUGGCAGGCUGGUGGGCUGGGCGUGGGGUUCUCUGGGCCCUGCCCAGUACUGCCCUGGGGACUUGGUGGGCUCCUGGGUCAGCAGCAUCCCACCCCUGGGAGUCUGGCCAGCUGAGCCCCAGGGUGGCAGGGGCAUUAUAGCCUGGUGGACAUGUGCCUUCAGGGUUCCUCCGGGGCCACCUUCCUCAGGCCAGUGCUGGGUUCAAAGGGCUGUGUGUGUGUGUGUGUGUGUGUGUGUGUAUGUGUAUGUAUAUGUGUGUGGGUGCACACAUCUGUCCCAUGUAUGCAGUGAGACCUGUCUACCUCCCACAAGGAGCAAGGGCUCUGCCCGCCCUCUGCUCAUUCCUACCCAGGUAGUGGGACCCCGGGCCCCCUUCUGCCUGGCUUGCCUGCUGCUGCCCUUGCCAGAGGGGUCUCACUGACAGCCAGAGACAGCAGGAGAAGGGUUGGCUGUGGAUCAAGGAAGGCUGCCCCUGUACCCUGUGGGGAGAUGGUGGGUGCAUGGCUGGAUGCAGAGGUGGAAGGCCCUGGGCCACAGGCGAGAGUGGGCGGGUCACCUGUCCCAGGUUCCCAGCAAGUCUGCAGCUGUGCAGUCCUGGGGUCCCUGACCCUGUCGCCCAGGGGGCGUGCUGUCCAGCAGGGGCCCUGCCUUGCAAGGAACGUCUCUUCCGGCGGCCGGGCCGCUCCUGCCUGGUCUGGGCUGUGUGUGGCGCCCUUUCCUCCUUGUUUGUUCCUCUGUGUUCUGUGUGCGUCUUGAGCAAUAAAGCGUGGCCGUGGCUCGCG